UUUUGCUUCAUGACGUUCAUGACAUAAAACGUCCAUGUUUAUUACAAUCAGAAAUAUACCAGAAACUUCGAAUUUCUGUCUUUGAAAUAAAAUAAAAUUCGUUAGUACUGAAUCAAGCGUUAAAUAUAGCAGUUUAUCGUAAGUGUUAGCUAUAUUUCGAAACGAAUGACCGGAAACUUCUAGUUUAAUUUGAGCUAAUUUACAUUGAACGUGUAUGGAGUUGGAGAACAGAGCAGCCACAGAACUACAAUGAACAGACUUUAUUCUUGACAUUUCUGAUAAAAAUUAAUGAGUUCGGCUUCAUCCUGCAGGAUGCUUCGAGAGUCGUAUCCCUUCGCGGAGGACAGUUUCAGCCGCUUCCCGUCGCAGAGCAACAUUUACGGACUGUGUCAGGCCGGGGAGCAGGAGCUGUUGGCGGCCACCCUCAAAGGGAAGGUGCUGUGUUUCAGAUACCAGGAGCUGCAGCACAAAAUCCGACCUGUGGCCAAGGAGGUUCAGUUCACCUACAUCCCAGUUGAUGCAGAGAUUGUCUCGAUUGACGCCUUCAACAAGUCUCCGCCCAAAAGAGGCCUGGUGGUGGGCAUCACAUUCGUAAAGGACUCUGGUGACAAAGCCACGCCGUUCCUGAAUAUCUACUGUGACUACGAGCCGGGCUCAGAGUUCAACCUCGAGUCUAUUGCACAGAGCUGCCUGAAUCUGGAGCUGCAGUUCACGCCCUUUCACCUUUACCACACAGAAGUGCAGUGUGACGAUGGAGGCAGAGAGACUGUGUUCCUGCUCAGCGGCCAUGACCAGAGGAUCCACCUGUACAAGGAGAACGCCUCCCUCCACCAGUUUGAAGAGCAGCCAGUGGAGAGACUCUUCCCUGAACUACAACAGCUGCCCAGCAAUGUGCUUUGGCUGGAUAUGUUGAGUAUAGCUGGUGGCCGGCGGCUCUCAGCGUUUGGCUGUCAGAAUGGCUGCGUUGGACUGGCUCUGGUCAACCAGACAGGCCCAGAGGUUUUGCAGAGCUGGCGGUUCCAGUUCGACAGUCCAAUCUCUUCAGUGCUGCUGUUCCCUAUGAGCUGCCAGACUGAGCCCAACCAGCCCAGCGGAGAGCAAAGCGUGGAAAUGGAAAGCUACAACCUCCUAGUAACCAGUAGUAUAGAGAUGGCAGUUGUUUACAGAGAUGUCCAGGAGCAAGGUUUGUCUCGCUCGGUGUGCCUCUCAGAGAGUGACCAGUGGGACGCUGUGCUUUGUGCUCUGGUCAUUGACCUGGAUUUUGACGGGCAGAAGGAGGUGCUGUUGGGAACAUACGGGCAGGAACUUCUUUGUUACAAAUUCCAGCCAGCAGGGAGAGGACGAGACGGACAGUUUCAGCUGCAGUGGAGGCGGAGCUUCAAGAGUCCUUUGCUGUCCAUCAUCUACUUAGACUUGACUGGGGACGGUUUGAGAGAGCUGGCUGUCCUCACACUGAAGGGACUGCAUAUCUUACAGCAUUCUCUCACCAGCACUGCUGAUUUGGUCCUGGAGCGGCUCGCCCUCAGGGUGUCAGCCCUCUCAGCUGGCUCCGAGCUGGAGUCAGCCAAAGCACAGGACACUGAGGAGAAGGAUGCUCCAGCUAAGACAGAGGAGAGUACAGCUCAGACACCACCGACAUAAGAGAAAUAGUGCAUUGUGUUUCCAUGUGGAAGUCCUGACGGUUCGGACUCAGGGUUUCCCCCAGAAAAGUUGUUGAGCCUGGUGGCAAGUGUCUUUUUUAACAAGGGCCCGUCUGGGACCAGUCACAGGCUGAUGGCAGCAUUUAUGUAGAGCCCAAUAGUUCUAUGAUAUGAUGAUCU